AUGGGUAAAGACAAACGUGUUGUCUAUUUUUAUGAUCCAGAUUGUGGAAAUUUCCAUUAUGGACCAAAUCAUCCAAUGAAACCUCAUCGACUUACACUAGCUCAUACACUUAUAGUGAAUUAUAAUCUUACGGAUAGAAUGAAGGUGUAUAAACCCUAUCAUGCUAGUAUGAAAGAUAUGAUUUCAUUUCAUUCACAAGAAUAUGUGGAAUUUUUACGUGAUGUAAACCCAACAAAUGUACAUACAUUUCCUAAAGAAAAGCUACUCACUUAUAAUAUUGGUGAAGAUUGUCCAAUUUUUGAUGGUAUCUAUAAUUUUAGUUCAAUUUAUACUGGUGCAUCAUUACAAGGCGCUAAAUAUCUUAAUAAUGGAGCAACAGAUAUUGCAGUCAAUUGGUCAGGAGGACUUCAUCAUGCUAAGAAGUUUGAGGCAUCAGGAUUUUGUUAUGUGAAUGACAUUGUCAUAUCAAUACUAGAAUUAUUAAAAUAUAAUCCACGAGUGCUUUAUAUCGAUAUUGAUGUCCAUCAUGGUGAUGGUGUACAAGAAGCGUUCUAUCUAACUGAUCGUGUAAUGACAGUGUCAUUUCAUCGUUAUGGAAAUAUGUUUUUCCCUGGAACGGGCGAUAUGUAUGAGGUUGGUGCAAAAGCUGGUAAAUACUUUGCGGUAAAUGUACCUUUAAAAGAAGGCAUCGAUGAUGACAUGUAUUUCAGUGUCUUUAAGUCAGUGAUAAAUGAUGUGGUGAGCUUUUAUCGGCCCACGACUAUUGUACUCCAGUGUGGUGCUGAUUCACUGGGUUGUGAUCGGUUAGGUGUAUUCAAUCUAUCUAUUCGAGGUCAUGGACGAUGUGUUCGAAUGGUUAAAGAACUUGGCUUACCAUUGUUAGUACUCGGUGGUGGAGGUUAUACUGUACGUAAUGUAGCACGUUGUUGGGCGUAUGAAACAGCUGUUCUACUUGAUCAAGAAAGUGAAAUCUCCAAUGAAUUACCAUAUUCACCGUAUAUUGAAUUCUUUUAUCCUGAUUAUACACUUCAUCCGGAUUUAACAACCAAGCUAGAUAAUGCUAAUACACGACAAUAUAUUGAAGCAUUACGAAUGACAGUGCACGAUAAUUUAAAACAACUUGUACAUGCUCCAAGUGUUCAAUUCACUGAUAUCCCAGACGAUUAUCUAGCAAGUUUCUGUCAAGAUUCAAAUAAUGAACGAGAGACACCAAAUGAACCAUUUGUUGAAGAAAAGCAAGAAUCAACAGCUGCUUAA